AUGAGCCUCACGUAUGGAGUCGGCGGCGUUGGGUCCUUCUUGACCGUGGUGGGGGCGUACAUGCUCUUUACCGGCAGCGGCGAGGCCUUCAACGUCGGCGCCUUUCUCGAAUCCGUCUCGCCCUACGCAUGGGCUGACCUCGGCAUCGCCCUCUGCAUCGGCCUGUCCGUCGUCGGCGCCGCAUGGGGCAUCUUCAUCACCGGAUCGUCCAUUCUCGGCGCAGGCGUCAAGGCCCCCCGCAUCCGCACAAAGAACCUCAUCUCCAUCAUCUUCUGCGAGGUCGUCGCCAUCUACGGUGUCAUCAUGUCCAUCGUCUUCUCCUCAAAGGUCAGCUCCGUGCAGGGCCCCGAGGCCUUUUCCGCAGACGCCUACUACACCGGCUUUGCCCUCUUCUGGUCCGGCCUGACCGUUGGGCUCUGCAACCUCGUCUGCGGCGUGGCCGUGGGCAUCAACGGCAGCGGUGCCGCCCUCGCUGACGCUGCCGAUGGCACGCUAUUUGUCAAGAUUCUCGUCAUCGAAAUCUUCAGCUCCGUGCUGGGCCUCUUUGGCCUCAUCGUUGGUCUCCUUGUCUCUUCAAAGGCAAACGAGUUCGGCAAGGACUAG